UAUGCCCAAGUAUCCCUCAGCGUUUCCAGUCAUAUUUCUUUCUUAAAAAGUUUAUACAUAUAUACAAGAAAUUCUGGUGAUAGCAAUUAUGUGUCUGCGAUUAGUUGGAAGUGCGCUCUGUUGCUGUUGCAAAUUGGGUCUCAAAUGCUUGUGCUUUUUUGCCUUCUCCACGAUCGGAAUUCUGAUCAUAGUAGCUUUGGUGGUGUAUUUUUGUUUCUUCUUCAAUAAAUCGGAGGACACUACAACAAAGGCCUACUCGGAUUCUACGACGGACACCACUCUAGAGGACAGCAUAACCAGUACUACUGAUACCAAGAUGCUAAUCAGAGCGUAUCUUCAUCAACUAAUAGAUAGAAUAUGAUUUGUAAAAAAAUAGGUAUCGAAAAUUCAAUAAAAC